GGGUCUGGGCACUGAUUAUGGGUCACGUCAAAGCUCACAUGCUCCUAAUUAAGGCACUGUUAGCGCAUGCGCUUAACGACGGCGAUCUUGGCAUGAGGAUCGGCAACUCUGGUGUGUAGGAAUGAGACUCAAUUCGCGGGGGGGUGUUUUCACAAACCUUGUGAGUGCGUGUCCGCCAGACCCGAAACGUUGACUUGUAGCGCCCCGGCUGUUGUGGACUGGUGGUUUUAGGUGUGCUAUAUAGCAUUGUAGGUUUCGGGUUCACUUUUCUAAAUUUGAUAGAUCGGAAUGACGGCGCCCAGCAAAAUGUCCACGCUGGAUGUGUGUAAUGCUAUUAGCCAACUUACCGUUGAAGAGACGAGGCAGCUAGUGUUCCAAAUUGGUGUGCCACUGAGAGUCCUCGAUGGUAUUGCUGACGAGUAUACAGGGGAGAAUCGAAAACAGCACUUCGUGCAGAAGUGGCUGGACAUGAACCUCGAUGCUACCUGGGAUAAGCUUGUUGCAGGACUGAGAAAAAUGAACAUGAACACCCUGGCAGCUAGCGUUGAAUAUGAGCAUAUCUCAAGUUACCCCCUAGUUUUCAGUAGUGGAUCUUCCUUUCUCCUGCCAACCCCCUCUGUCUGUGCUACAGCCGAGCUCAGCACACCAGGCUACCUGGAGACUGCAACCCAAGCUCCUGUCGGUCUCCUCGCCCCAGUGACUGCUCCUGUCGGUCCCCUCGCUCCAGUGACUGACACCCCAGCUCCUGUCGGUCCCCUCGCUCCAGUGACUGACACCCCAGCUCCUGUCGGUCCCCUCACUCCAGUGACUGACACCCCAGCUGCUGUCGGUCCCCUCGCUCCAAUGACUGCAACCCCAGCUCCUGUCGGUCCCCUCGCUCCAGUGACUGCUCCUGUCAGUACCUUCGCUCCAGUGACUGACACCCCAGCUCCUGUCGGUGCCAUUCCCACCCAAACGAAGGUUAAAGUAGUGAAAGAUAACAUAGAAAAUUUGGAAGAUGAGUUUUCCAAACUGAAAUCUGAAGUACGAAAAUUGCUGUCGGAAAAAGAGAAGAAAAAUCGGACGUUUACCGAUGAGUUUCGGAAUCAUCUUCUGGAUCUUCCGGUAGCAAAAAAAGUGAUCCAUAUUCGGUUUUUCACAAGAAAUGAGGAUGAAAUUCUUGAUGCUAAGAAUAUUCAAAAGCUGUUUUAUAUCCUCGGGCGCUACUACAACUACUCCAACUAUGAGAUAAUCUUUCACGUUGUCAAGAAGUUCUGUCAUGAACUAAAGGGAAGAAUGACUAGUUAUCGUGAUUCUCUCGUUGCUUUUGAAAAGUCCACAACAGUUGAUAUCUACCUCUGUGCCAUUUCAGCUCGUCCUGGUGGUGCAAUCAUGGAAGGUUUCAUCCGCAUGACGGUGAAGCUCAACAAGCCACCCUCUGUGUGUUCGCUGUAUGAGAUCCGAGAGUUGAAGGAAUCCAUUCAGGAGAAGGCAGCUCUGGAGUCCUAUGCCAUGUACAUCGAGACCCCAGGGAAAGGGUCUGUACGUGUGAGCCUGCGUAUUCAUGAGGCGGUGGGUUGGAUGGUGGGUGUGGUCCUCCUAUCUGCCAAGUUCAGACAGGUGACAAAGGUGUCUGCGAAGAGAAGGAUUGAAGUGUAUCUCAUGGCAUACCUGAAUGGAUACUCUGCACUGAUGUUGGCUACCAGGGAGGGUAGGACUGAAGUUGUUUCACUGCUACGAGAGGUUGGAGCUAACACUGACCUACAGAAUAAGUGGAAUGGAUACUCUGCACUGAUGUUGGCUGCCAGGGAGGGUAGGACUGAAGUAGUUUCACUGCUACUAGAGGCUGGAGCUAACACUGAGCUACAGAAUAUGGACGGAGACUCAACACUGAUGUUGGCUGCCACGUGGGGUAGGACUGAAGUAGUUUCACUGCUACUAGAGGCUGAAGCUAACACUGACCUACAGAAUAAGAAUGGAUAAUCUGCACUGAUGAUGGCUGCCAGGGAGGGUAGGACUGAAGUUGUUUCAGUGCUACUAGAGGCUGAAGCUAACACUGACCUGCAAGAGAAGUAUCGAUACUCUGCACUAAUGAUGGCUGCCAAGGAUGGUAGUACUGAAGUUGUUUCACUGCUACUAGAGGCUGGAGCUAACACAGACCUACACAACAAGUAUGGAGAUUCUGCACUGGUGAUAGCUGUCAGGGGGGGUAGGACUAAAGUUGUUUCACUACUUAUGAAGACAGUUUCACUGGACCCUCAACAAAAUACGGUAUAGGGAUAUUAACCUUCUUACAUAUAUACUGCAAUUUUAUGUACUGGUUAAAGGGAAUGUGACAGAUAGAUUUGAACACAAUUGCAUUCUUUCACUGUGCCCCUAUUGUUUUGUUCUCUCUUUUGUAACAUUUCUACAUUUAGCCCUUAUUUACUGCCACAUUCCUUUUAAUAAUC